GGCUUGUGUUCAUGCUUCAAUUUCAACAGACGCAUGGAUACAAGUCUACUCUACUCCCUCCCUCAGAGGGUGUAGGGGGGCGUGGUCUUGAGGGAGAGCGCAGGUCGUGUAGAUCCUCAAGGCAAGUUCGGUAGAUAUCCUUCACGAGGUUGCCGCCCUGUUUUUGGUCUAGUUCCUUAUGAAAUAGACGUAACUAAAACUGCCGGGCGCCUAAUGCAGGAAUGGAGAGGUCAUGUUCUUGCGUGUUCAUCGUCGAAUAAGACCAGACGGUGGACAGUGAUGACCUCCCGCGUGUUUGUGCCGUGCGCGGAGACCCGUACGGAGGGAUGAAGGAGUCCUGGAGGUUGAGUGCAGCAGUGUGCCGGCUGUAGUUGUACGCUGCUCACAACACGCCUCUUUGGUCCGGAUUUCCGCCUAAACGGGCGGUCGUGGAGUAGCUAACCACGAUCAAUCGGCUGCGACUUCCCAUAAGCGGGCAGUCAAGCGAGGUUCGGCGAGCUGGGGGAGGCAGUCGGCGCGGCGCGGCGUCUCGGGGCAAGCUUGCAGUAUUGUCUCGUGCUGUAGAUGUCCUCGUUAUUCUUCGCUGCGUGCGGGCUCGUCUACUUCUCAGUUUGCUAGACCUAUACCAAAGGAGUAGCUCUGGCGAUCAUUCCUGGAAAUGACGUCCCCGAUGUGAGGACUCCGUGGCGGGUGGAGAGCUCCUGAGGUGAAGUACAUUUAAUAAUAACUUAUGGAUAGUGAGACUAAAAAAAUAACAACAACGGCUGCGUCUAUGAAUGCGCCUAAAAACCUAUUACCGAGGGGUGCGUCUCAGGAUGCGCCGAUGCGAACCCCGCUCAAUGCUGCGUUCUCAAAUGUCCUCAGAUCUCCUAGGUUUAUACCACCAAAACAUGCACCGAACAUGGCUGCGUCCGAGGAUAUGAGGAUGGCUACCGAUCGACAUGCGCCAACCCAGGCUGCGUCUCAUUACGUACAGUCCUCGUCGUCCAAGGAUGCGCUGCGUAUGGCAAAUCCCUUUAAUAUGAUAAGAACAGCUCCCACUGGGAAACCAAGGAAUGAUGCAUUCUGCGAUGCGACUACUCAUGCUUCGCCAAACGUUGUGUCCUCCGAAGUGAACUCAGCGGAGCUGACCGAUGGUGAGCCGAUGGGGUCGUUUUCCGAGGCUGCGUCGUAUACGGUGACAAAUAAAGCAACAAUGAAUACAUCAUUUUCAAAAACAGAUACAACCUGGAAUACAAAUUUCAUGUCGGUCUCAAAGAAGCGGCGUCUGAAAGCCAAGGCCAAGGCUAAGGCUAAGGCAGCUGUAAAACGAGCAGAAGCUGUGGUUGCUGCGAAGCAGAGCGCGGACCUCGGGUCCUGCUCGACUGAAACUAAACUAGAAGGCGAGGCGACAGUAAGCUGGACUAGGGCCAUCGAGCCACCUAUCGAGGCAAUUGAUGCGCCCUCUGUAGGCUUACACAAAACCAUCAUUAAACCCAGGGGAUGCAAAAACCCCAGUAACAACAACCCAAAACAACAAACAACAAGACCGCAGAAGCGCACACAUCCGGAGGACAUUGUCUCGUCGACCGAAUGCAAAAAACUCCGAACUGGUAUUGUCCGAGCGGCAAGAACUUCUACAACGAAUGCUGAAGCGGGUGGCAAUUACCUAAACAACGAGCUCUGCGUCGCGGUCAUGAUUGAACCCUUCACCGAUAUGACACAAGAGCAAGCUGAAGGUAUUAGAAAACAUAUAGAGGAAAAGCUUCGUGAUCAGAUUUUGGCAAAACCUGAAACAACCCAUGAAGCAGUACCAAAUAAUUUGAGAUUUCGAGGCAAGACUCACUUUGGGGAUGGCGUCCUCAAAACGUGGUGCGAGGAUGAGUUCACACUAACCUGGCUAAAUGAAAUCAUACAAAAUAUUUCCUCACCGGUAGCUAAUUCAAAAUUAGUUAUCCGGCCACAAUCGGCUAUCCCAAAAAAGAUACCGUGUCUACUCUUCGUUCCUGGAUAUACUGGGGACAUUGUAACACUACGAAAACUUCUUGCGGGGCAGAACAGCAACUUGCAUAUUGACUCCUGGACCUUAACGUACGGGAAAAUCAGAACAGAGCCACCAGGUACUUGCCUGUUUUUCCGUAUUCCCGUAACAAUCGUUAAUUUAUUAAAGGCCCAAGAUAGACGCAUUUACUAUCUAAUGGGGAACAUUUACGUUCGUUUCAUGGAUAGAAAAGCUUCCCAGCAAACAAACAAAACCUCCACGCAACAGAAGCAGAAUGGUCAAGGUAAUGCGAAUACGAAGAGUAAGCCGACGACGUUGGCGACAGAUUCUGCUACUGUAGAAGAGCGCGUGGAGCCUGUAACUAGGAUGGAGGUACUAGAACCAUAUUCGCCAGUAAAUAGGUCGGAUGAGGAGUACUAUCCCGCGGGAGGAGAAAGCGAACAGGUUUCGUUUGAUGAUAUCCUUUAUUCCACUAAUGAACAGGAACAUUAAAAUCC